GGUAAAGAUUUGUUUUGUUUGGAUGAGAGGGUAAUGGCUUCAAGCUAAAUAUGAAUAUGCUGUUGAGCCAUGGCUUUUCUUUGUCCUGUUCGAAUUCGAAGAGGAAAGAAAAAGAAGUCUGCCGGCGAUGUCGACAAAGACCUGGUCCGUGCCCCAGGCAUGGGGCGAAUAACAGGCAGUGCCUCCAUUGAAACACUGGUGCGUGUUGGCAUCGAAAAGGAAAACGGGCUUGCCCCGGAUAGCAAAAUGGUGGUCCUACACGACUUCACUCCUUGCGUGGAUGACGAACUAGAAGUUAAGAGAGGACAGAUAGUGAACAUCCUGUACCGGGAGAACGACUGGGUGUACGUGAUUGCGGCAAACAGUCGCCAAGAGGGCUUCAUCCCCCACUCGUACUGCACGCCAUACAACUCCCACCUGGGGGAGUUGGCCCUCAGCAACGUGAAGAAGAAGCUGCCUCGGGAGCAGAGGAGUGGGGCCAACUCCUCGCCCGGAGGCCUGGGAGAGGACGGGGCGAUCGAGACAGACUUGCAGGAAUGCAGAGCAGGGGCAGGUGGCGACAUUUCAGACUGUGAAAGCUAUGGCAAUAAGAAGACGACAGUGGCCACAACACAGCAGCUCAACAUGACGAGCUCGCAAGCCUCGUUGCACAGUGUCUCCUCCUCGCAGCCUGAUGUGCAUCCCUUUUUCAAGGACCCGUCCGGACGGUACAUUGUGCUGUAUACGUUUAUCGCAAGAGACGAGAAUGAUGUCAGUGUGGAGAGGGGAGAGUUUGUCACAGUCCUGAACCGAGAAGACCCGGAUUGGUACUGGAUUGUUCGCAGUGACGGCCAGGAGGGCUUUGUGCCAAGUGGCUUUGUUUACCCAGCGCACGUGAUUCAAGGUCAUUUGAAUCAGAACACCAACCAAAAUGUAAACAAUUUAACAUCUGCAGCCACUGCGCACUUGCUGACAACGCCGUCCAGUGACGAUCUGCGUUAUCAUGGGACGGAACUGGUCAUGUUAUAUGACUACAAGGCUCAAGCUCCGGAUGAUCUCUCAGUUCGUCGUGGAGACUGGAUCUAUGCAGAUCUGAACAAUCAAACGGUGGAUGGUUGGCUGUGGGCUUAUGCUCCCAAGACUCGCAAAUACGGCUUCAUUCCGAAAGCGUAUGCCCGUCCGCCUGCCAUGACGAGUCUUUAGUCGAAUGUAGGUGCUAAUCGUCGGUAUCGUAACAGCGAGCAAGAUCCUGCAAGUACGACAUGUUAUUAAAUGCAGCGUGAAAAACUUUUAGGAAAAUUUUUUUAUUUUGUAGCUAGCUACAGAUCGAGUUUUAUUGUCGUUAAACCACCAAUAUAUUUAGGGUUGGGCAUGGAAAGCUAGCUGAAAUGAUUAAGUCGAAAACGGGUGUUAUUGCAUAUACGUAUAAAGACUUAAGCUCAAAUAAGCGUGAUAUAUUGUUAAUUUUGUAUUCAAGCAUGUUGUCUGAGCACCAUCAUGCAAGAAUGUAAACAAAAUGGCUGAUUAUAAUAAGUGUGAUAUAUUGUUUGUUUGUAUUCAAGCAUGUGGCAGAGAAUUGUCAUGCAAGAAUGUUACAAAAAUGGCUGAUAUUCAAACAUUGCAUCACAUAUACUAAUUGUGUUCAAGUCAACAAAUUAAACUGGUUGUGAAAAAUUUAUAUUGAUGCAGAUAAGCUAUAGUUUUUACGUGUGGUUUUUGUAACUUGUUACAAAAAUAGCACUACAAAUUCACAUAUUACAAAUGUUAAAAUAGUUGAUUGUGCCAGAAAAUUAUCUCACUUUUGUAUGUUUUAUUCAGGGUAACUCCAUUAAAUGGAAGUUUAUUUUUCUAUUUUAUAAAUGUUAUUGUGGAGGCAGUGUAUCCUAGCUGUGAUAAAUUAGAGUGUUUAAAGUAGAAACUUGUUUUCUUUGAUGUUAUAUGAUAUCCAGCCAGUGGAAAACUGGUGAGAUAAUGUAACUAUGUUGUUUUCUAUGACUGCAGUGUCUUUAAAAGACAUGUUAUAUUAUUGGUGAAUACUUUUGGUAGAAUUGUGUUUCUUAAUUCAUUGUUACAAAGGUAUGUACAGAAAAAACCCUUAUUUACACUUUUCAAGGGAACAAAGGGAAAAGUGUAAAGUUUGGGAAAGUGUAAAUUGAGGAAAACUUUAAAACUCAUUUAAUAUAUAUACUCACACAUAUACACACACACACACCUCAUUUACUGUAUGUAUUCUUUCUGCAACAAAUACUUUAAAUUAAAGAAACUUUAAUGCGUACUACAACAAAUACUUUACAUUAAAGAAAACUUUAAUGCGUACUAGCCUACGAAUAUACCAUCAAUACUCAAACCAUGCCCAAAAUAUAUCACAUAAAAACCAACAAAAAGUUUAAAUUUCUUAUUGAAAAAAUUGAGGUGGUGUUGAAAAAACAUUUCCAAAAACAAUUACACAUCAAACGUAUAUUCUAAUUUUGCGUUGAAUCUCAAGUUCAGUUGAUGCCACAUUACUGGUAAGUAAAUAUUACGAAACAAAAAUAUUAAUUCCAAAUAAACUGACACCGAAAACCGUGACCCAAACGCGAGACGGAACUAAUGUAGCAUACCAAUAACUAUCAUCGUCGUAGUACAUAUAUACGAACUAUGAAAGAGUGUGAUGUAUUAUCAAUUAUCAAAUAUCAAUUAUAGUUUACUCAUCAUGAGACAGAAUGCAUGCACAGUUUGUAAUUAGAGAGCUAUUAAUAUUGAUAUUCAACUAUGCAUGCUCACUCUAUACAGGCUUUAACUCAACCAAACAAUUAGGGCGCCAUUUUCAUACACGCUACACAGUGGCAACAGAACUGAUAAUUAAAACGUCUCUGAAAGAGAAAAACACAUGAGACUUAUUUGUAUUUCUGUUAGUUAAAUAUAAAUUUCAACAUUAGAAAAAAUCUUAUUGGAAAACUUUGUACAUGGGAAAUAAUGACUAAUUGUACAUCGUAUAAAGAAUAUGGCUGGCCUAAAACAUUUCACAGUGUUUGAUGGGUAAUCAUAUUGUGCUUAAAUAAUAUAGUUUUAUGUCGUACAUGGUACGCGAAUAGCGCGAAGAACGUAAAUCUGCAAUGUGAUAUUAAGGAAAGUAUUGCAUUAUAUUUAAUGAUACGUAAAUGGGUUCUUAAGAAAAUGUCUUAAUAGCUGGAAAACAUGAAUACAGAUAAUGCAAAAACAAGGUUUCACUGUAGUUUGCUAGUGUAAACUGACUGUUUUGAUAGUUUGAGUGCAUUGAAUUUUUGAAACAGUAUCUCAAACCAAAUACGUAAACUUGUUAGAUUUUAGUGACUUCAAUGUUUUUAUGUUAUAAAUAGUGAUUUUUAGAAACUGAAUGUAUUGUUGCUUAUUUAUAUAUCAUAGAAAUUAAUCUUAUAUAUUGUGGACUUCAACAUGAGUCUACUUACAAAAAAUAUAGAAUAUUUUGAAUAAAUUAAAUUUCUUAUAUCAUUGAGAUUUUAUGUAGCCUACUACAGCAAAAUGUGAUUUUGUAUUUCCUAUUCUUUUGUACCAUUCCUCUCCAUGUUAUUUUGAAAUGUAUGUAUUAUUGUCCGUCCAGUGAAACUUUAGUAGCACAGUGGCUUUAUUAUUGUGCCAUUGUGGUGAGAUUGGUUAACAAGUGAACAUUAUAGUUGUUAAGUUGGGAGUGGACAAAAAGCCUUUAUUAAUGUAGGUUCUUUAUUCUGUAAAUAAUUGUUUUGCUGAUGCUUUCAUGUACAUUGAGCAGAGGAUGUUAAUUGCCAAUAGUAUCUCCAAUAAAUGAGUUUUGCUGAA